AUGACAAUCGAUAAGCGCGAUUUCGACGCAAAUCGCCCACUCCUCCAGGAUAUCGAUGCAGAUUCAGCCGAUCCAAGCGCAGAGCCAUCACGGCGACAUUCACGAAGCUCCACUAGUGAUGGAUUCGGUCUACGGAGUGAGGAUGGGCUAUUGAGCGAUGUUGUCGAGGAGAUUGUCGAGCGCGAUAGACGGAAGAUGCAGAAGGAGGUUAUUCGAGUGCUUAGCUUUGGCUGGGGUGUUAUUACUUGCUUAGGAGCUGGCAGUAUCACUGCUUUCUCUUUAUAUGGCCAUCUACUCCUUACCCGACUCCAUUACUCGCAGCUCCAGGUCAACGCCGUUUCUAUCUCCGCGGGAAUCGCAAUGUACCUCCCCGUCCCCUUAUUCGGCUAUCUCUGUGAUCGGUACAGCCCGUCGCCACUGGCUAUGUUCUCGGGGCUGAUCUUCGGCAUGGGAUAUCUUCUCGCAGCCUUCGCGUAUAAGAGCGGCCCGCCUGCUGAAUUGGGCGGCUCUGGAUGGCCGUUCUGGGUUAUGAUCGUGGCGUUUAUCGCCAUUGGUAUGGGCACGAGCUGCAUGUAUCUAGCAGCUGUUGCGACAUGCGCCAAGAACUUCGGCAGGGGAAAACAUAAGGGGAUUAUGCUUGCUGUCCCUAUUGCGGCGUUCGGUCUCAGUGGGAUGUGGCAGAGCCAGCUCGGGACGUAUUUGUUCUAUGAACGUCUCGAGGAUGGGAGUCGUGGUGAUCUCGAUGUUUUCAAAUACUUCGUCUUUCUAGCGGUGCUGUUGCUGGUGAUUGGAAUCAUCGGUACAUUUGCAUUGCGCAUCGUGGAGGAUGAUGACAAAUAUAUCGAUGAGACGGUUGAAGAACUAGAGCGCAGUGGACUGCUCGAGGAGAGUGAUUUCUUCCGUCCGCGAAAUGAAAUCAGACAAGCAGUCGAAUACGGCACGUUCUCUAAUGCACUUGAUGAAGAGCAAUCAACCCUGUCCGAUGAGGAGCGCGAACAGCAAAGGCUAGAGAAGGAACGUGAGGAGGAAGAGCGUCGGAAAAAGAACUGGCUGCUCAACUAUGAAACCCGCCAGUUCCUACAAGACAAGACCAUGUGGUGGCUAGCCUUGGGCUUCUUCCUGGUCACCGGCCCCGGCGAAUCGUACAUCAACAACCUGGGCACAAUCAUCCCAACUCUCACACCUCAAUCAUAUCCCACCGGCGCCUCACCCCCAGCCGGAUCCCCCUCUACCCACGUCACAACCAUAGCCCUAACCUCAACCAUCGCCCGCCUCCUAACAGGCUCCCUCUCUGAUUUCUUCGCACCCCCAGCAACACACCUCUUCCCACCGAUCCCCGAAGGAUCCCGCCACAGAACCCCCACACCCUCUCCAUCCCCACGCCUCACUCUAUCCCGCAUGAUCUUCCUCAUCCCCUCGGCCAUCCUUCUCUCCCUGGGCUUCCUCCUCCUCGCCUCCCCCGCCCCACUAGCACAUCCAGGCAUCUUCAACCUGACAACCGCGCUAAUCGGCUUCGGGUACGGAAGCGCCUUCUCCCUAGCGCCGAUUAUAAUCUCCGUCGUCUGGGGUGUCGAGAACUUCGCCACGAACUGGGGCAUCGUUGCCAUGGUCCCUGCGGCUGGUGCAGCGUUGUGGGGUAUUGUCUACUCUGCUGCUUAUCAGAAUGCUAUGGAUCUUGGCGAUGGCUUGUCUGAUGGUCAGUGCCAUGGAUGGCGGUGCUAUGGGUUCUGGGCUGUUGGGUGCACGGUUAGUGUUUGGAUUGCUGUUUUGGCUUGGCUUGCUGCUUGGAGGGGGUGGAAGAAGAGGGAGGUUGUUGUUUAG